AUGGACUACACCAUCACCAUUCAGAACAACACUGGUGACGCCAACCAGGCGUUCCGCUACAUCGCCUUCGGCUUCCCCCAUGGAACACACGCCACUCAGGGUGGUGUUGGCCUGCCCGUUGUCUUCUACCAGUCCCGUCUUCUCAACGAUGGUGAGCCGGUCACUUUCAAUAUCUCCUCGACGGUGUUCGGCUUUCUCGGCAAUGCCAGCCAGAUCAACACAGAUUUGACCGCGGGUGCCAAUAUCUCACUGACAAAGGCACUUCCCGUCAAUCUGGGAGGGCGAGCCGGCGACGGCACUGAACUGGAAGCCAAACCACGUACCGGCGGCGGUGUCGAUUUCAAGACAGCAGACAGCAGGUUAUCCCCGCCCGGAACAUUCUCCAUCAUUGCCAGCAGCGCCCUCAAGCAUAAGAACCAGUACGCGGUGGGUUUGGCUAGGAAAAUAGACGGCAACUACGUCCCAGUUACGGUUUUCGGGCUACACCCGGGCCAGACAUUCGACAUCACUCCCAUUGAAUCCAUCUACAUCGCGCGCCACAGCACUACCGCCACGAACACGGUGGUCAAUGCGGAUUCCUAUUCUCUCAAGCAAGAGGUGAACCUGCAGCCUGAUCAGCCGAAGAUUACGGUGACCGAUGACGGCGCCCCUACCAGCUUCAAAGUGCGUUACAACUACUAA